UCCCCUCCCCCGCACGGUCCCGUUUCUACCUGACGGGAGAGUUUUUCAAAGGCAACAAGUUCUGAUAAUCCUAUGAUAUACAUAUUACAUUGUUCUUCUUUUUUUCACCCUUUUGUCCUAAACUUAAGUAGAAGUAUCUGGCUCGCCAUCUGGAUGCCAGACACGACUCAGUACUGGAACCUGGAGGGCUGUUUUUCUCGUCAGAGUCAUCCGGGAAUAACAAGGGCGAAAAGCGAAGAAAAUAAGCUGCGUGUUGUUUUCUUUAUGCUACUACGAGAAUUCAUGUCGCGCUAUUUUCCCACGAUCAUCUGUCGUUUGACGAUAAUAUCUGCGCUCCUGCUGACCAGAGAAACGAACAGUGGAAGUGUGACAGUGGUUCAAGGAGGCACUGCUAUCUUACCGUGCCAAAUCAUCCACACUGAUGAUGAUUUGACGCAGAUUACCUGGCAGAGGACAACCAGAGAAAAACCUCAUAAUGACAAUUUUAUCACUAUCCAACCAAGGGAAGAACCACGGUUUGUCAAUGGACAUGAUGAUCGAUUUAAGUAUAUCGGGAAUUUUAACAACAAAAAUGGAACCCUCCAGUUAUCCAGUGUUGCACUGAAGGAUGAAGGCAGCUACACGUGCAUCUUCACCUUGUUUCCCAGUGGAAAUCAGAAGACCGAGAUACUUCUUAUAGUGAUUGUGCCUCCUUUCACAAGUGUCAAGGACAACCUUCCGACUUUGGGCACUGAAGAGGUUUUAUUUGCUACCUGCACGGCUGCUGGAUCGAAGCCUCCUGCUGAGGUGAGGUGGCUCACUGAUGCUUUGGGAGAAAAAGUGAGGACGACAACAAACUCCAUCAAGUAUGACAACGGUACGACUACCACAGUCAGCUCUCUGUUUGGCGUACCUAUGAGAGAGAUUAAUGGUCACCAGGUCCAGUGUGUCAUUAGCGGUGACUCCCUGUCUACAGAAGAAACCCUGCCCUUCACCAUACAGAUCUACUUCUCUCCCACAGAAGUGAACAUUACAGUGAUUUCAGAGGGCUCAUUUGAGUGUUUGACAGAAGCCAACCCAAGUGCAAAUAUUAUCUGGAGCAGAUCUGGCAAGUCUUUGCUGCAGUCCGCUGUCAGAGUGGAGGGUGCAAAACUACAACUGCUGAGUCUAAACUCCGAUCUAAAUGGCCUCUAUCAGUGUGAAGCAACUAACGCAUAUGGAAGUAAACACGGUCGGCUCUAUGUGCAUGUGGCAUCAGGAGCAUGCUCUGCUGCUUGGGCCUUAUUUCUUGUUGUGCUUUUCCUGAAUGUGGGGACUGCAGCAUGGUGCUUUUAUAAAUCUGGACAUUUUCAAAGGUUUUGUUGGCAGAAUUUCUCAGCAAAUGAAGCAGCAGAUGGGAGAGCAGAGCAAGAACAGCAAGGAGAACAUCCUCUGACAGCUGUGGGCGCAUGUAAUGGACCACAUCUGGACUGAAGGCUCCACCAGCGUGUUCCAGGGUCAGCUGGUAGAUGAACAGAUGAACAGGUGGUACUUUUAUAUUCCUGAAUCAAUUUUUUUUAAUUCAUAUAUAUGAAUGUUUCCGUCUUGCUGUUACUAUACCUUAUACUUGUAGUAAUUACAGUAGUUUAAAAGCAAAACAUUGUUAAUUGACUCCCACUCUGCGACAGCAUUUUGGAUGUGGCUUUAACUGCCUGUUCCUUUGUUUUCAUGUGUAACAACUUUAAUGGCACUUGAGAUCUGUGCUUGUGUUUCUACCAAGAGUUUGAACUGCUUUCAUCAGAAGCUGUAUUAAUGUAGUUACUGUAAAUUCAUUUGUUUAUUUUUCCACCAUCUGAAUAUUAGUUUGUCCCUUCAUUAAGGGUAACAAUGUUAAUGUUACAUUUUAAGUUUACAAUCUAAUGCAAGGACACAAGUUCUGACAUAUCAACCAUUCAUAUGAAACAACUGAGGUGAAAUGAAGGUAAACUGAUAUGUUUUUGUAUGUUUGGUUGUUGGUUGAUUAAAUGUAAAUGUCAACAAAACAACAGAAGUCUGAUUAUGUGUAAGUGCUGACCUGUAACAUUAUAUCAUCUUGCACAUUGCUGGUUGUUAAUGACUGAUGACAGAAACUGCACAAGGAUUAAACUUUAAGAGUUAGGGCAUGGCAGAAGAUAUUUGAGAACCACUUUCCUAAAGCAUUACACAGUUGGGCUCGUGUGUGUAAAGCUUUCUAUCACAAUUACUUUUAUAUCAUAUAUCUCACACUGGAGUUUCAAAUGUGGCAGCUUUUUGUAAAACAUUAAAUCAUUAAAGCAUGGUGUUUGUUCUGCAUAUUAAAUGGAUCAUUCUACAUGUACAUUACUUUUUAAUGUGUUCUUUAAUGAAAAUUUUAAAAUGGAAGUUUGUUUUUGAAUUGUUUUUAUUAUUUUGUGAAACAUUACUGAUUUUCAUGUAAUCUAUUUCACUGUUGUCUGCAACAUGUGAAAAAAACUAAAUGUGUGCCCUAGUUUCAUUUAUUCUUCUAAAGUAAUGUACCAGCAUUAUUUCCUUUGUAUAUGUGUUUUAAUCUAUUUAGUGCUUCUACACUCUGAUUUAUAUUUGUUGUACAUUUUGUGGAGCACCUCUCACAUAAAUGUGUUUUGAAAAUGG